AUGCGAAGCAAGUUCUUUGUUACACUUUUUACAGCUUGUCUGGUAACGCUUUCAUCUGUUCAGGUGUUAGGGCGAGAAUAUUUCAGUGGAUUUGUGAACAAAAAAUUAAAGAAUCUUUUACAAUGUAACUUCGUGGCGUAUUACAACCUCAGGGACAAUGGACCCGAUCCGAAUUCCUUCCUCGAUUUUAUCGGGGAGCCUGAGCAGUUCUACUGGUUCAUAGAGCAUUACCUGUCGGUACCAUUCAGUAUCCCGAAGAAUUUGAAAGAUAAAAAGGAGCACAACCUUUCGUCAUGCGCCAACAGAUCAUGGGUAUCCGAGUUCUUAAGGAGUUAUGAAGAGCCAGAUAUAAAGGAAUUGAUGAAAUAUUUAGAUAAAGAACAGAAGGUGUAUUUUUCAUACACGUUUGAAAAUAUAGAACCCGUUCCAAAAUACACAUCCUUUGCUCUAAAGGAAUUUCACAAAUACUGUAUUUUACCACCCCUGGUAGAAACAAGCAUUAAGCAGAAGGACCAAGAUGGCAUGCUCUCAUUUCAGUUAAACCAAGAUGAAUAUAAAAUAUAUUUAAGUUCCAUCGGAUCACCAAUAUCUGCUUUAAAGAAAUUAUAUCAGAGUAUGGAAGAUGGAGAGAGAAAAAAUUCCUUGAAAAAUAUCCUUGAUAAUGAAAGGUCGAAUGAUGUAUUUAUAAACUGUCCAGUUUACAAUUUGAAAUUGCAUUACCAUAAAGAGUGUGAUUCUCAACCGAAUGUUUUAAAAUGUCUAGAUAGUUAUAUAAAGAAAUUAUGUGAAAGAAGAAUAGCUGGUAAAGAAAAAGGUACAUUCUGUGAUCAUUUAUUGUUCCUUUUUGAUGCUUUAAAAAGCCCAUAUAUUGAUAACUUUAAGAAAUUUUUAACCAGGGAUGAUGUACAUUUAGUAAAACCACAAUCAGUAUGGACAUUACCUUUGUUUACUACAUACAAUCCUAGAGAUAUAAAGAACCCCAAUAGUAAUAUUCCUGUGGAUAUUUUUAAAGUAUUAAACAGCAAGAACAAAAUGUUUUUAUCUUUCUUCGAUCAAGCACCCAAGAGUCCCUACUACAUGGAGGAAUCUCAGGGGCUUGUUAAACUGAGUGACUUUGCCUCCAGUAUUUUUGACAAGCUUCAUAGAUUCUUUUAUGCUUUCAAGAAGAAGGGAAACCAAAUCAGUCCUGUUUCGGUGAAAGAAUUAAGCCACAACAUCAGCGAUUUUAGCUUUAAGCGUGAGACAGGUCACAUCGAAUGCAAAAAGGUAAAGAAGAGUUUGAACCUGGACCAGGAAGUGGAAGUUGUAAAGGGCGUGGCUGCACAAAAAAUUUGCAAAAUCAUAGAACAUUUGAUUCUGAAGAAAGGUAAUAAGGAAAAAUCAGGAAAAAAAGAAAUUGACGAUAUAUAUAAAGGAUUCCGUAUGCAGUGUAUUUUAAUAGCAACGCAUGUAGAGGCAUUCAAUAUUAUAAGACAACUAUUAAAUAUGGAAAGCAUGCUAUCGUUAACAAGAUAUACCUCCUUAUAUUUACACAAAUUUUUUAAAAGUGUAACUACGUUGAAAGGAAACUUCUUAUAUGAAAAUCCCAGUGCAAUAAAACAUGCUCGUGCAUGUGGUAGAGCCGUUUUGCAUGUACCGGCAGUUUUGUACAGACGAAACAUAUAUCUAGCGGAGACAUUUUUGUCAUUAUAUCUAGGAAUUUCCAAUUUAGUUUCUUCCAAUCCAAGUAGUCCAUUCUUUGAAUAUGCAGUUAUUGAAUUUUUAGUUUAUUACUUCAAUAAAGAUCCAGAGAAAUAUCUUCUGUAUCUAUUCUCUAUAGUUUCUGUUUUGUAUAUUAACAUGUACUACUAUGAGCAAUUGUUUUGCCACCACAAAGAACAGUUUGAGCUUUUAAGGUCCAAGAUGAUUCACCCAAAUAUCGCAGAUCGUAUUUUAGAAAAUAUUAAAUCGUUGAUGAAGAACCCCAGGUAUACGAAGAUGCGUUCCUUUUACUUGAAGUUUGAGAAUGAUAAUUUGUUUGACAAGAGGAAAGUUUUCGAGGUGCUGUACACCUUCGACGAGUUCUUAAGCAACACAGACGCUCAACAGAAGGUGAAAAUGCAGGAGGAGGUAUCAGACGAAUCAUUCGAUUUAGAUAGCUCCAAUGAUGGAAUUGGGUUCAGAAAAGAAGAUAUCUUUUUCGAGUCAGAACAAGGUUCCAUGGAUUCUAUAGAUGAGUUGGACGAAAGUCUAGAAGGAGUUGAUUCAAACCAGCAGAAGAAAGCAGCUGAGUAUUUGAAAUUGGUUCCAGAUGAGGAAAAAGCACAACUGGUCGAUAGAAAUAAGGAGUUAGAAUUAGAAUUAUAUAAAUAUAUAGGUACUCCAAAACAGACUAAUAUAGGUGUUGGAACGGUUUCUUCGCAUUCCCCCCCCAGUUCUCCUCAGAUGGAACAUAAUACUGGCGCAGGGAAAGCUGUUAGACCUGCACAGAAAGGCAUAAAUCAAAAAUUAGGAGAAAUGGGAAAAAGACUUAAAAGAAUGAAAGGAAAGGAGGGUUCUAAACUUCGAAAAGGAGUUGAUUUCUACGAAUCAAACAUGUCUCUGAAUCAACAGCCUCCUGGUGAAUCUGCCCCUGAGGAAAAAGGGUCUAGUUCAAGUUUGUCGUCAAAGGGAACCUCCUAG